CAAUAGUUCUCUCAGCAUAGAAGGAAACAUGCAAGUAAAGUACCAGGAUCUGAAAAUCAUACUGGAGUCUAAUACUGGAAAAUGUACAUGGAAAAUAUACUUUCAAAUGUGAAAACACUCAGUCUGAUAUAAUGUUCAUUUGUGCAGAGUAAAUGUGUAGAGUGGAAAGCGCUCGACGGCACGAACCUACAACAGUGUAAAGUCCUUGGUCAAGGGUUAUCUUAUCUAUGUAGGUUACUACGGGUUGCUCCAGGUUUACUCCUGCAUCCAAAUAAAAUAAAAUAAUGGUGAUGAUGAAUAAAAGACACGUCCUGACCAGACAGACUGUGCUGAACCUUGAACGGCUGAUGCCUUUUGCACCCUAUCAUCCCUUUUACAAAAGGUCAAUUUGAGGUCGCUUUCAAGGAGCUUGGCAGGUGUCAAAGAGAGAGAUUGUAUUGACAUAAUGAAUCUUCACCUUUGAUUUCUUUUAUGACGUGUGGUGCAACUCAAGUUCAGCGUGUCAGCUGCAGGUGAUGAUUAUAAAUAACCACAUCACCUUGCGCACUGCAGUUGAUAUAGUCUCCUGCAGACAGGCUCCGGUCUAAGUGCUGCAGGUACACAGGCAGGCUAGCACCAACAUCUCUGAGCCAUCUGUGAGCGUUCACCCUGGAACAGAGGUAGAGUCCAACGAGAGGGGAGCAAAAAAAAAAAAUGGGAGUUGAGAAAAUGGAAAUGGAAGACACAGACUCUACUCUUAUGGAGAAAGGCAAGAAACCACCUGUGUCCAGACCCCCCAACAAAUAUGAGACGCUGUUCCAGCCCUGCCUGGCCGAGAUAGUGGGGACCAUGUUCUUUGUUUUCAUUGGCUGCGUGUCCGUCAUCGAGAACGUGCCAGCAGCUGGACGGGUGCAGCCGGCUCUGGUGCACGGGCUGGCUGUGGCGGUGAUGGUGGCGGUCAUGGACAACAUCAGUGGCUCCCAUUUCAACCCUCCCUUCACUAUUGCCAUCUACCUGUGCGGGGGCAUGGAGCUGAUGAUGGUGGGGCCAUAUCUUGUCAGCCAGCUGAUUGGAGGAGUCCUUGGAGCUGGAAUGUCCAAGAUAAUGACCCCUGCAGAGCGCUAUCACAAUGCCACAGGAGCAGCGUUUGAUAUCCUCAAGUCAGAGAGCCAGCUGUCCGGGGCCAUCUUUGGGGAGGUGGCUAUGACCUGCAUGGUCACCAUGGUGGUGCUGCUGGUGGCAAUCAACAAGAAGACAAAAACCCCAAUGGCUCCUUUCCUGGUGGGCUGCACCGUCAUUAUCUGCAUCCUGGCAGGGGGUGAUGUAUCAGGGACGUGUCUGAACCCUGCCAGGGCUUUCGGUCCGGCUGUGAUGGCAAACUACUGGACCUACCACUGGGUCUACUGGGCCGGACCCAUAGGAGGAGGUCUGGUGGCUGCUGCUUUGCUCAGGCUCAUACUCGGUGAUAAUAAUUUACGAGUCGUUAUGAAAUCAUAACACCUUCUAGCCUGUUUAUUGCCCAGGCGACAAUAAACCUGUGAACAAUGUCUGUCCGGUCAUCAGUUUUGAAUCAUGUCAUAAUGUCAUGUUCUCAAUGUGUAGUUUUCUUUCUUUUUAUGUCAAAUUGUAUGAUCACUGUGUGGAUUUUUCUGUAUGAAAUAAAAGAUGGAACAUGGUCGA